AUGUCCAGUAGCAAACGGUGUUUCUCUAGCGAUGGCGCGCAAAUCUACGCCGACGCGGCUGGAAAUGCACAGAACCCGAGCAUGGUCUUUGCCCACGGAUUCGCGCUCAAUGGGGUCGUAUUUGAUCAAUUGUUUGCACAUCAACUUCUGCUGGACAAUUUUUAUCUAGUGCGAUACGAUUCAGCUCUCUACGCCGAUGACUUUUCUGCGGUCUGUCAAGCGUUUGGCCUGGUCAAACCGAUAUUCGUUGGAUGGAGCGCUGGAGCCCCUAUCAUUGCAGACAUCUGUGCCCAUAUCUCGCCUUGUCCAAUUCUUGCUGCUGUGGCGAUGUCAGGCGCUCUUUGCCCCGCAACAUCAGAGCAGACCCUCCGUCCGCUCUUGCUCGACUUCAUCGCCAAAUUCCGCUCGUCUGACGCCAAGACGACACUGGCGGUCCGCCCCGCUUUCGUUGAUGCGUGCUUCGUGAACCCUGCUUCGGUUGCUGUUGAGGUCAAGACCGCUUGGAUCGGCGCGACUGUUGUGCAUACGCCGAAUAUCACUGAGGCUGUCUUGAACGGGCACCAGCCUGGCGCGUGUCAAGAUGCGCUGACAAAGCUGGGCGGCGAGGGCUUGCCUGUGAUGGUCUUGUAUGGCACCGAGGACAGCAUUCAGGACGGCGAUGUUGCUGUAAAGCUUGCAAAGGAGUAUUUUGUUGAUUUCACGGCUGUAUCGGUGCUUGGCGCGGGACAUGCGGUGUUCUACGAUGCUUUGAACGAAACGGUGAGGCAUCUUGUCGGCUUCGGUUUGCGUGUUUGUACAAAGAAGUAG